AUGGCAUCGACAAUAUCUUUCGGCGAUUCAAAUUCUGGCUUACAAGCGGGUAUCAUCAACGGCAGUGUCACGUUCUUACAUUCGGAAACGUCAUUGAAUCAAGCGUGCCUGCGGGAUUUGCGAACGACUAGACCUCAAGAUGACAAGGACCGUAUUGAAAAAACCAACGGAGGGUUGCUUAAAGACUCAUAUCGCUGGAUUUUAGACAACGAGAAGUUCAAAGAAUGGCAAGACAACGAGAGCAGCCGCCUCCUCUGGAUCAGAGGUGAUCCCGGCAAAGGCAAGACAAUGCUCCUGUGCGGUAUCAUCGACGAAUUGACCCGAUCGAUGGGGGAUAAUGCAAAUAUCGCCUUCUUUUUCUGCCAAGCUACCGAUGUGCGAAUCAAUAGUGCUGCGGCCGUUCUACGUGGCUUGAUCUAUUCGCUAGUCGAGAAGCAGCCAUCCCUUCUCUCCCAUGUACGGAGCCGGUACGAUCAAGCGGGAAAGACGCUGUUUGAGGACAUCAACGCAUGGAAUGCCCUCUCAAAAAUCUUCAAAAACAUCUUGAAGGAUCCGACCUUGCAGAACACUUACUUAGUAAUCGAUGCACUAGACGAGUGCACAACGGAUCUCCCUUUCCUUCUGGACUUCGUUGUUCAGGAAUCGUCUAUCUACUCGGACGUGAAGUGGAUUGUUUCAAGCCGAAACUGGCCUGAUAUUGAAGAGCGUCUGGACAAUAGAAGCCAAACAGUACCGAUCUCAUUAGAGUUAAAUGGGGCAUCUGUGUCUGAUGCUGUGAAAAAAUUCAUUCGGUAUAAGGUUUACGAAUUGGCAAAAGUCAAAAACUACGGCGUUGAAAUCCGCGAUACAAUUUACUGUCACUUGUCGUCAAACUCGCAAGACACCUUCCUCUGGGUGGCCUUGGUUUGUCAAGAUCUCAAUAGAACAUCGCGGAGGCAUGUCCUUAAGAAGCUUACGGAGUUCCCUCCUGGAUUAGAUGCUUUUUACGGUCGAAUGAUGGAUCAUGUUCGAAAAUCGGAAGAUGCUAAGCUCUGCAAGCGAGUGCUGGCCGCUAUAUCAAUAGUAUUUCGGCCUAUCGCCCUUAACGAACUAUUCGCCCUUUUUGACACAAUUGAUGUUCUUUCUGGUGGCUAUGGAGCUUUAGUGGAGAUUAUCGCAAUUUGUGGCUCAUUCCUAACUUUACGAGAGAACGUUAUUGUUUUCGUCCAUCAGUCUGCAAAGGAAUAUCUACUCGAAAAAGCGCACAGCGAUAUUUUCCCUCGGGGUCAAGAAGCGGAGCAUUUUACAAUUUUCUCAAGCUCUCUGCGAACAAUGAUCAAAACACUUCGACGCAACAUGACUAACAUUGAGGAUUGUGAAAUCAUUACCGAGGAAAUCAUGAAACCUCUUCCAGAUUCUCUGGCAGCCGCAAGAUAUGCGUGCAUUUAUUGGGUUGAUCAUCUCCAGCGAGGUUGGUGUGAUAUAAGCGUAGAGCACCGGCGUGAUGAGAGAAAGCUCUUCCAAUGUUUUCUACAACAGAGAUACCUUCACUGGAUAGAAGCUCUGAGCAUUUUUAGGAGCCUAAGUAAAGGCAUAAUGACGAUGCUAAAGCUACAGAAAUUGCUGAGUCAACAAGGAGAAUCGGAUGGCCUUUUGAAACGCGUUCAUGACGGUUACCGGUUCAUACGAUACUUCCGACGACCAAUUGAAAGCAUGCCCCUUCAAGUUUACAGUUCAGCCCUAAUAUUUAGCCCAACUCAAAGUAUUACGAGAAUAUGUUACCAGAAAGAGAAGCCAAGCUGGGUUUUAAACAGCCCGGUAGUAGUUGAGGAAUGGACUUUAUGUCUUCAAACGCUCGAAGGUCAUUAUGAACCGGUUACAUCGAUUGCCUGGUCGUCAGAUGGAGGCCGACUUGCAUCGUCGUCAAAGGAUGGGACAGUCAGGGUCUGGGAUCCGAUCACUGGCCAAUCCAUAUCAACUCUUCAAGGGCAUAGUGAAUGGGUUAACUCAAUUGCCUGGUCCCCAGACGGAAGCCGACUAGCCUCGGCGUCAUAUGAUAAGACUAUCAUGAUAUGGGAUCCGGUCGCUGGUCGGUGCACAUCAACUCUGAAGGAGCAUAGUAUGGCGAUUAAAACAAUUAUUUGGUCACCGGAUGGAAGUCUACUCGCAUCAGCAUCCUACGAUCAUACUGUCAGGGUCUGGAAGGCGCAUACUAGCCAAUGCGAGUCUACCCUCAUGGGGCACACUGACUGGGUCACCUCGGUCGCUUGGUCUCCAGAUGGAAGCCGACUCGCAUCAGCGUCCCGUGAUGGGACCGCCGUGAUCUGGGAUCCAACUACUGGCCAGCACUCGAUUACCCUUGAGGGAUAUGAUGGCGCCAUUGAGUUGCUUGCCUGGUCGCUAGAUGGAAGCCGACUCGCAUCCGCGUUCUACAGCGCCGUCUGCAUCUGGAAUCCCGUCUCCGGCCAGCUCGUUUCAAUCCUCAAGGGGCAUCGUGACUCAGUCACGUCAAUCGCUUGGUCUCCAGACGGAGACGGCCAACUCGCAUCAGCAUCCCUGGAUGAGACUGUCCGGAUCUGGAACCCGGCCACCAGUCAGUGCUUGUCCACCCUCGACGAGCAUGAUGAGCCAGUGAGAUCAAUUGCCUGGUCCCCAGAUGGAAGCCGACUAGCAUCAGCAUCGGAUGAUGAGACCGUGAGGAUCUGGGAUUCGGCUGCUGGUCAAUACGAUUCGAUUCUCCACGGCCAUCGCGCCCCAGUCACGUCGAUCGCCUGGUCGCCAGAUGGAAGUCAACUAGCGUCAGCGUCGUUUGAUGAGACCGUGAAGGUCUGGGAUCCAGCUGCUUACCAGUGCGCACCAGCACCCAAGGGACAUAGUCGCCCUAUCACCACAAUUUCUUGGUCACCAGAUGGAGAUCGACUAGUAUCGAGGGCGUUGGAUCGCACAUUUAAAGUCUGGGAUCCGGUUGAUGGUCAAUGCGUAUCAACUCUUGAGGAGUUUUGUGGUCCGGCCACGCCGAUUACCUGGUCACCAGAUGGGGCUCGACUCGCAUCACCUUCUAACAAUGCCAUCAAGGUCUGGAAUCCGGCCACCGGGCAGUGUGCUGCCAGCCUCGAGGGGCAUACUGGCUAUGUCACGUCAAUUGCUUGGUCGCCGGAGGGCAGCCGACUCGCAUCAGGAUCGAUUGAUACAACCAUCAGGCUCUGGGAUACGACUACUGGCCAGCACACGAUAACACUUGACGGAUAUAGCGGCAAGGUUGAGGGAUACAAUGGCACAGUUGAUUUAAUUGUCUGGUCGCUGGAUGGAAGCCGACUCGCAUCCGCGUUUUACGAUAGUACCGUCAGCAUCUGGAAUACUGCCUCCGGCCAGCUCGUUUCAAUACUUAAGGGGCAUCGUGACUCAGUCACGUCAAUCGCUUGGUCUCCGGACGGAGGCCAACUCGCAUCAGCAUCCCUGGAUGAGACUGUCCUGAUCUGGAACCCGGCCACCGGCCAGUGCGUGUCAACCCUCGACGAGCAUGAUGACUCUGUGAGUCUGAUUGCCUGGUCCCCAGAUGGAAGCCGAUUAGCAUCAGCAUCGGAUGAUGAGACCGUGAGGAUCUGGGAUGCAGCCACUGGCCGCUGUGAUUCAGUACUCCUUGUUUAUUCUUCUCGCCUUCUGCAAUUUGAUAAAAUCAUACCCAGCCACCUUCACACCGACUAUGGUACAAUAGACAUAGAAGGUACUGAUGCUACUACUUCAGGCUCUCACUUUUCGACAGUGCCUGGAACCUAUAAAUAUGAUUUCAGUGAAGACUUUUCCUGGGUAACGUGUAAUGGGUCAAAACUGUUGUGGCUGCCUACCGAGUAUCGACCGCCUUCCGAUUCUCUGUUUGCACAAUUUAUGACCACUUUGGCAAUUGGUUGUUCAUCAGGUCGUGUGAUAUUCCUCGCGCUCUCAGAGCACAAUCCCCUAUCUAAGGUAUAA